CUUAAAAAUCCGUACGAAUAACACCAGUCACAUUAUACGCCGCAAUAUGCCACGAAAAAAAAAUAAAAAGAAAUUCUUUAAGCUCAAACGUAAGGGUGUAGUGCCAACAAAGAAACCUGUAAAACCUGUGGUGGCAAGGACAGACAAGUAUGAUGCGUCUGCCAAUAGCUUAGAAGAUAAUGAUGUUUUUGACCAUAGCCCUCAUUUUAGAAAACCUAACCGUACAAAACCUGGGUCCAAUUUUGAAAAUAAUCAUAUUGAAGACGUUGUCAAUAAAGAUAACGAUACCUCAUUCCUAAAACUACUCAAUAGUCUAGAACGAAAAAUACAAGAUGUUGAACUAGAAGGAACUGAGAGAGAACUCUUUGAUGUCAAAAUGAGAAAAAUAUACGAAGCUGUGCUCAAAACUAAAAUAAGGAUACCAACAACGACAGUGGGAGCUACACAAAGAAAAAGACUUAAAAAAACAUCAACUCAUAGGACUUCUAUUAAACCAAUGACAUUUGCACCAGCCGAUAUUGUGAGUGACCUUCAUGACGAAUCCGAAAAUUUUAAAUUAACAUCAGGUGUUCCGUUUGAAGAUAUUAGAAGGUCAUUUGAGAGACGUAUCGCAGAAGAUAAUGAACAAGACUACCAACAAAGUACUACAGUUACCGUUAACUAUUUACCUGACAAAGAAAGCGAUGAGUUUUUCAAAAUUAAAAAUAAAAAGGUAACUAAUCUUUUUAAUAACAGAGCCAAUCGCGGAAGCUUUAAUUAUUUUUCAAACAAGCGCGGUGAUUUAAGUCACUUUAAUGUUGAUCGGCUUUACGAUAAACUACAUAGUCAUAAGAAGUUAGCUAGAAAACAAGAAGAUAUAGACAAUUAUUACCAAACUAAAGAGAAAAUUGUGCAGGAUUAUAAUAAUCACUAUAAUUUCCGAACCCAUAAUGAGCGUUCGUAUGGACGUAGUAAAAAAGACGACGAAGAGCAUACAAAAACUUUGGGAGCAGGAAUAAAAAAGCCGGCGUUUGAAGUAAAACAGGCAAUGAAGAAUGCUAGGAAAUCUUAUUCACCCAGUAACGUUUUCGUAUGGAAAGCACCCGCAUUUGGAUACAGACCAGUUCAUGAACAAUUUCAGAACGACCAGGAAAAACCGAUGACAAACCUUGACCACUUAUACGGAAGAGCUACUACAUGACUUUUGAACAAAGAAUCCAGUUUUAUUUAGACCAGAGGCAGAAAUUAACAAAAAACUUGUGUUAAAUAAACAUUUUUUUUGGUUUAUGUUAAAAUAUAUUUAUAUUUUAGUAUUCAUUGCCUUUAGCUGUAUCCAUAUAAUA